AUGGUAUUCCAGUAUUACAAAAUCAUUUCACAAUGUUCAAAUCUUUUAUCACGUAAAUCAAGUCAACCGAUACAUAUUAUUGUACAAGUUUGUGAAUAUAUUAUCUCUGUAUUAGCUGCUGCUUCAUUGUUCCCUUCUUCUCGUCAACAAAUUCAAGAGACACCACAAUUAGUGAAAGAUACAAUAAGAUUAUUAUAUUAUAAGAAUUUACCUCAACUCUGUUGUAAAACUGCAACAUGUAUAGCUUCAUUUUGUAUAGAUUAUUGGUUAUGUGUAACAUGUUAUGAAUAUGGUGGAUUAUUUUUAUUAUUGCAACAUGUAUUCGCUUACGAUUUUACACUGGAAGAAGCAGGUGUUGAUAUUAAUGAAGAAACGAAUUCACAAGUAGUUGCUAAUCGUUUAGCCUUACUAUCUUUAUGGGCUAUUGGUCGAAUGGUCAAUGGUUAUUCUACUGGUUGUGAAAUUACAGAAAAUACUUUUUUAGUACGUGAAGGACCAGAUGUUAUGGAAGCGUUAAGUCGUCUAUUGACACCGCAUUUAGCUCGUAAAAUUCUAGAAUUGAAUGUAUACGAUUCAAGUCAAGUGGGUCGAUCAGGCAGUAGUAGUGAUUCACAAAUUCUACACAAUUUCCCUCCUGAUACACCAAGAGGCAAGUAUUUACGUUCAUUAGCUAAAUUAUUGACAACAAAUUCUGUAACACCCUAUUUAAUAUGGGAUAAUCGAUGUAGAGCAGAAUUGGAGACAUUAAUUGAUCUACAAGUUGUACGCUUAAUUAAAACUGGAGAAUGUAAUCUGAACUCUGUGCUAACCUUUACACAUGAAUCAUAUGCUCAAGAAUUACUUAUCGGUGAAGUAUUUGUUCGAUUGUACAACAAACAACCAGCGUAUACACUUGACGAUCCUAAAAGUUUUAUCAUUGAUCUAUUUCAAUUUUUAACUAUUGAAUUACAAAAUCUUAAUUCUGAAAAACUUUACUCUGAUAAUCAAUUAUGUCAAACAAAUCGAGUCAAUUCAGAAUUACAAUUUACUUCAAAGGAGAAUGAUGAUAAUUUAUCAAUAAUCGAUGAUGAUGAUGAUGAAAUUGAUUGGGGCGCUGAAGCUUCACAUAUUACAAAUCAAUGUGUAAUGAAUGUUAUUUCAGCUUUAGAAGCGUUAACGAAUGUGAUACGUCAUAAUACUGGUUUAGAUAUCCAAUGUAUUGGCCAUUUCGCCUUGCUCUUCUCCAUACUUGACCUUCAUGACUAUCCAGAAAUUCAGUUGCGUGCAUUAGAUGUUAUACAAGCUGUUUCCACAAAUCCACAAUGCCUUGAAGAUAUGGCUGCAUCACAUUUAUUAACUUCGUUGGUUAUAUUAUUUAUUGUUCUUCCACGAGCACAUUUUGUUCUUAUCCAAACAGUCAAUCACCUAAUAGCUUCAUCAUUAUUACUCAAAGAAUUUAUCUAUGCUGGAGGUUUAAUCUAUUUGUUAGAAUUGAUAUGUCAUUCACCACAACAACAGGAUCGUCAAGCUACUGCACGCCUUUUAUCUCAUUGUUUAAUUAAUAAACAAUUUGGUCGACGUAUACAAGCUAUAAUAAAUCAAUAUUUACCGAGUGUAUUUGUUGAUACAUUAAAAGAUCAACCGGAAAACUUUUUGGCAUUAUUCGAUGCUGACCAUGAAAAUCCAGAGAUUAUAUGGGAUACAAAUCUACGGAAUAUGUUGGCUAAGGUUUUAAGUGAACAAACACAUAAUUUCUACAUGAAACAAAUUGAUGAUCGUAAUAUAAAAUGGGAUUUAUCCGAUUCAUUUAAAGUUCCCUAUACUGAGGUGAUUGCUAAAAAAGCGAAUGAUGAGAAUAAAAAUCAACCGAAUGAAAUAGCUCAAUAUGUUGCUUGUCUUGGUCCAAUUCAAGUGGCUGGUGUCUAUUUACACUUGUAUAUAUCUCAUCCCGGUUGGACAUUACGUCAUCCAGAAUUAUUUUUAAAUGAAGUAAUGGAAAAAUGGAUUCAGGCGAUACAUCAGUUACCAGAAUCGAAUCUAUUAGUUAGAUUGUUAACUCGAGCCUGUAAAACUGUACUAACUGAUCGUCCAGGUUUAAUUGACUCAUUACCACGUUCUGGAAAUGUACACAGAAUAUUAGAAUUAUUAGCUAAAGUAGAUGAUCCUGAAGGUGCUAGAGCUGUUGUCAUCCUUUUACAUCAAAUGUCAGCUAGUAAGUUAUGUGUACAGUCAAUGUCUGAAAGUGAUAUGAUUGGUGGAUUAAUACGUGUUGUUAAUCGAUGUAUUGGUGAAGAAUUAGGCCUAAUCGGUGAGACAUUAUUCUGUCUAUUCGAUACACAAUACUCGGAUCCAUUAAUUGAACAGGCUUUAAAACAUGAUCUAAUUGGAUUUGUCUUACGUAUCCUACAAAAUGGUUUUCCACCAUCAGUACGCGAACCAGGACAAACUCGAGCUUAUCUGAUUAAAGCAUUAAAAGCUAUGCAAUACAGUGCUAUAUACGGUGGUAAAGUCACUUCAAUCCUUGAAAGUUAUCCUAAUUGGGCAGAUUAUCGUGAUCAAGGUCAUGCCUUAUUUAUUGCUAAUGUACCACAAUCAGCUACAACAUAUUUAACAGUUGGAUCAGCUGCAGGCAGUUUACACAGUGGAUAUUUAACAUCACAUGAAAUAGUUUCACCAUCAAUAUCAAAACCAUAUUUAUGA